AAAAGGGAAUGCUUGCAGCAGAUUGUUGAAGGAUUUGAGUCUGCAGCUGGAGAGAAGGGAUUAGGGCCAGAGCGGUGCAAGUUAAAUUGUGCUGCAUAUAAAAAAUGGGCGGAUUGGUCUCCAGAUCCAGAGGCUGGUACCACCUUCCUUUCUAAAAUAAAAUCUCUCUGGCAUGAAGUCACCGCCUAUUUCACAUCCGGUUUGCCCUGGGACGUAUUACUACUGUCUUGGUAAAGAGAAAUCUUUUGUUGUAUAGCUGCAGAAGGGAUAUUGAGAAGCAAAUUUGGGUGUGAAAUCCUCAGCAAAGGCGCACGCAGGGUCCAUGAUGGCUCAGACCGAGUGAGUGAGAGGCAGAGCGAGGACGCCCCUCAGCUCCUGGCGCGCCCGACGCGCGGACUCGCGCUGGCUCCAGGCUCUCCACGAUUUUCUCUCGCAGACUUUUCCCGGGUCUUGAGCGAUCCUGUGCCCAGAGGGGGCCCGAGCUGCACGAGCCCGCCAUGAAGAGAAGUCCUGGUCUUUCUGAUUAUCUUUGGGCCUGGACCCUCCUUCUGAGCACACUGACUGGAAGAAGUUAUGGACAACAGUCAUUACAGGAUGAGCUUAAAGACAAUACCACUGUUUUCACCAGAAUUUUGGACCGACUCCUUGACGGUUAUGACAAUCGCCUGAGACCAGGAUUGGGAGAACGUGUCACAGAAGUGAAGACUGAUAUCUUUGUUACCAGUUUCGGACCCGUCUCAGACCAUGACAUGGAGUAUACAAUAGAUGUAUUUUUCCGUCAAAGCUGGAAGGAUGAAAGAUUAAAAUUUAAAGGGCCCAUGACAGUUCUCCGGUUAAAUAACCUAAUGGCAAGCAAGAUCUGGACUCCAGAUACCUUCUUUCACAAUGGGAAGAAGUCUGUGGCACAUAACAUGACCAUGCCCAACAAACUCCUGCGGAUCACAGAGGAUGGUACCUUGCUGUACACCAUGAGGCUGACGGUGAGAGCUGAAUGCCCAAUGCAUUUGGAGGAUUUCCCUAUGGAUGCCCAUGCGUGCCCACUAAAAUUUGGAAGCUAUGCUUAUACAAGAGCAGAAGUUGUGUAUGAGUGGACCAGAGAACCAGCACGUUCAGUGGUUGUAGCAGAAGAUGGGUCACGUCUAAACCAGUAUGAUCUUCUUGGACAAACAGUAGAUUCUGGAAUUGUUCAGUCUAGUACAGGAGAAUAUGUUGUUAUGACCACUCAUUUCCACCUGAAGAGAAAGAUUGGCUACUUUGUUAUUCAAACAUACCUUCCAUGCAUAAUGACUGUUAUUCUCUCUCAAGUCUCUUUCUGGCUUAAUAGAGAAUCUGUACCAGCCAGGACUGUCUUUGGUGUAACAACUGUGCUCACCAUGACAACAUUAAGUAUCAGUGCCAGAAAUUCCCUUCCAAAAGUGGCUUAUGCAACUGCUAUGGACUGGUUUAUUGCAGUGUGCUAUGCCUUUGUCUUUUCGGCUUUGAUUGAGUUCGCUACAGUGAACUAUUUCACCAAGCGAGGUUAUGCAUGGGAUGGCAAAAGUGUGGUUCCAGAAAAGCCAAAAAAAGUGAAGGAUCCUCUCAUCAAGAAAAACAACACUUAUGCUCCCACAGCAACCAGCUAUACCCCUAAUCUGGCAAGGGGUGACCCUGGCUUGGCAACCAUUGCUAAAAGUGCAACAAUAGAACCAAAAGAAGUGAAACCGGAGACAAAACCACCAGAACCCAAGAAAACCUUUAACAGUGUCAGUAAAAUUGACCGACUGUCAAGAAUAGCCUUCCCACUGCUAUUUGGAAUCUUUAACUUGGUCUAUUGGGCGACAUAUUUAAACCGUGAGCCUCAGCUCAAAGCCCCCACUCCACAUCAAUAGGUCUGUACGUCCAUGCUGCUGUUCAGUCCACCACAAUGGGAAUUGCUUUCUGUUCUCAAUGCAAUGAUUCCCAUCUGCUUUAUUGCCUCUGUCUUAAGAAUUUGAAGGUUCCCUAAUUUCCAUAAUUCAUACAAGAACAACAAACCCCUGUCUGGCAGUCCCAAGCAGAACAGAAUAUUCAGCUGAGAGACAGGAUUCUGAGAUAGAGAGAGCUCCAGAGCAAAACCUAAACAAAGGAGACAAAACAUGAAAGAGGAAAAGAGGGGGAAGUGGGUCCAAAGAUAGGAGAAAAAGUAGAGUAAAAAUAAAAACUUAUCUGUAACUCCAGGUCAUUUGUAGAUAUAUAUUUCCAAAUAAUUUUAAAAAAAUGUAUAUGUCAAAAUAUUUUUAUGGGAAGGUAGUUAAAAGAGUAAAUUAUAAUAUUUAACAAAGAAAGAUUUUUAAAAAUCUGUCUUUAUUGCACAAACUAUGGUAUGCGUACAUUUUUGUUCGUUUUUAAACUGAUGGAUAGCUUUAACAUUUCAUUUCCAAAGCUAAAAGUCUCUGUUCUUUCUCCUUUUAAAAAUGUUUAAUACAUUAUUUUGUUGUUAAAUGUUAUUUUAAAAUUCAUGGAAAUUGCAUAGGCAAAGAUGCAAUUUCACACUGUAGACACAUUUAACUAAUGGAGAGAAAUACUUUAAAUAGGUUACUUUGCUAUCAUCUGAGCUUUUACACUAGACUCCAUGAGGAAUCAUUCAAACAAAGACUUUCACACAAUUAAAGAUAAAGUGAAAUAAUUGAAAAAGAUUCCCUUUCCAUCCUAUUUCCAGAUAGCACAUGGUCACAAUAAUCACUUGAUUCUUAUUAUGAAGAUGUUUUUAGAGGGGCAAAAAUAUUUUGCAAGCUCUAGAAUUGUUGAAUGUAUUAUUUUAUAUAACAGUACAUUAAAAGCUUUUAGAUUGAACUUUAUGACUAGCAAACAAAAAUAGAAUAUAUAAAUUAUAUAUGUAAAUAAAAAGCAUGAGAUUGUACAUUUUUUACUUUUUUUAAAGUUAAGUUCUUAAAAUAUCGUGUAGGACUCACCACUCUUAGCUGUUAGAAUGUUGUUAAGUGCUAAGGAAAUACAUUUAGAGCCUGCAUUUAAGAACAGAACAGUACAUAGAAAUCAGAUGGAAAUUAAAAACAUAUGGGUAUGCUUAUUUGAAGAAAGCUUAUCAUCUCAAACUGUUGCCCUGCCUGGUGUACAGUAGCAAAUCAGUUGCUAUCUGCUCAACUCAUGCUGCGUUCCCCAAGUUUAGGCUCUUGUAAAAUAGAAAGUGGAAAAGCAUUAGUGAGAGCUAGAAAAUCAACUGUAUAUUAUACUAUCUUUGCUGAUACCAACUAUUUCAAUAAGUAUUGUACCAUAUGUAGCAUUAAAUAUAAAAAUACAUGAAAGAAUGUACAGGAAAUAGCUUUUAUUGAGUAAUAUUAUUACAUUUCAUUUAUACCGUAGCAAUACAUUUGUAGGUAUACUAUGUAAGGGCUUUAACUACAAGAGAUUCAUUAAUAUACCCUAUGAAAAUUCUAGUCUGUUUCAUUACUUCCCAGAUGUUUUAGACAUAGCUAUUUAUGCAGAAGGUAUUUUUGAAGUCUCCUUUUGUCUGACAGAGUUUCAGAGAUAUUUAAAAUUAGUGUCCAGAAUCCACAGGUCAUGGUCUAAACACAUUUAGAGUAGUACAACACAAACUUGUCAGCAUAAUUGCCAAAUAAGACAGUUGGGAUCCAUCCAUACCUAAGUUUUGCGUGAUGUUUUUCACAAAAAGCUGCUAUCCAAUGAUGUAGGAAAAUACACUGUUUGUAGUUUCCUCAACAAACUCUGGCUUUCUUUUUCAAUGUGCUUUACUGUUUGAUUUGGUCCUGCCUAAAUUUUAUGAGCCAGGCAUAUAAAGUUGAACCUAGAAAAUUUCAUCCUCUGGUAUCAUAUGUAGAUAUCAUAUAUAUAAAAUGAAAUAAAAAAAAUGGCUCUAACUUCUGUGUUGCUGUUUAUCUUGUUAUUUUUCGACGUUAACCUACUGUGUUUAUUAAGAACAUAUGACCUUCCAGAUUCCUCAUUCCUAACUUUUGGUCUGUAUUUUGACAUUAGAUGUGAAUAUUUCUUAUUAGUCUGCUUUCUGCUAUGCAAUGACUGCAUCUCUAUCAUUUCUUAGUUUGUUAGUUCAUGUGGAUAGUAUUCUAUUGUAUAAAUUGACUGCACAAUUUAUCACAAAUUAUUCUCUGUAGCUUUUCUACAGUGCUUUGCUAAACCAUGUAAUUCUAGUUAAGUCUUCCUUGAAAAUAAAGAUGCACUCUUAUAGAGGACAGUUCCUGUUUACUCCCAGGAAAAUUUUUUAAAAGUUGACACUGAAUGUUUAUUGCACCUUAGUGCAGUGAAGUGGCAAUAAAACCUAACAUGAAUUGAGGUUGUUUAUGGCAGAUGCAUGUAUUGCUUUACAGAGUUUAGCAAAAGCUCUUAAUUUUGUCACACUGUAUUCUACUAUAAUAAUAAAGCUAACAUUAUUCAAUAA